UAGCUGUCCCAGGACUACGGGAAUCAUGACUAACCAUACGGAGUCAGUCCAUUACAUCAUCAGCCCUGCCUAUACAAGUCAUGAAUUAUUAGUUGAAUGUGCUGCUCGCGCGUAAGGAAAGCCGUGUAUAAAUCUAUUUUCCUCUGAAAAAAAUUAACUUUAAGUAUUGCGUCUUUACGGAGUGAAAAAUCUUUACCCGUUUACGAUGUCUUUUAUCCCUGGGCAGCCAGUCGCUGCUGUUGUGCAACGCAUUGAGAUCAACAAACUGCGUCAGGGCGACAACCUGAUCCUGGGGUUCAGCAUAGGAGGAGGAAUAGACCAAGAUCCAGGACAGAACCCCUUCUCUGAGGACAAGACCGACAAGGGUAUUUAUGUUACCAAGGUGACCCCAGGAGGACCGGCAGAGGUUGCAGGCCUGAUGAUGGGAGACAAGAUAAUGCAGGUGAAUGGGUGGGAUAUGACGAUGGUGACUCAUGACCAAGCGCGGAAGAGGCUCACCAAGAAGAACGAGGAGGUGGUGAGGCUACUGGUGACACGGAGGUCUCUGGAGGAUGCUGUCCGGAAUUCCAUGAUGCAUUAACCCACUACGCCAGAUUAAGAGCAGGAAUCCAAAGAUUUAUUCCACAGCACUCAGUAGAGCUGUGCUGACGUAUUCUGCUCUAACUGUCAGAAUUUGACAUCCGAGUAAGCUGCCCACUGUUCAAAUUAGUUUGUGUGGUUAGUCCCAUCUGCUCCUGGAUACAAAUUACAAACUGAACUACAUUGUAUUUUACUUUUCCGGUUGUUAGCGACACUAUAUUUUUCAAUGGCUAAUGGAGCCUGAACUAGGUUUUGGUGUAUUGGCAGUUUGAAGGACAAUCUCUUUCAUACUACUGCUCUCACUGUUAAAAUAUCUGAUACACAAGUGUUAAAUGAGGCCUGGUUCAUCCAAGUUAUUGGUGGUUGUAAUCAUUAACCUGAAAUUUCAGUUAAAAUAGGUAUCACAUCUCUACAUUUAAAGUACAACUGUUUCCUGAGAAACCAAAGGGGAAAAUUGUUGGUUAUGAAAAGUAAUCCUUGUUCUUCAAAUGAAAUAUUGUCAUUUUCAUUCAAUGAUUGUGUUCUCGUGCAUAUAGGCUGUUAAUUAAUCGUGUAAUGGUAUUAAUGUUUUAGUUUUAUUAUUUUUGCACGAUUUAAAAAUACACAAAAAUGACAAAGAUAACAAAUAAUAUACAGUGCAGGGAGAGGCAGAAAACCCAGUGGGCUUAUUUGAAGCCUCCACCUAAAUAAUGUAAUGGAGACAGUUGUUCUUGAUAUCAGUGUAUGUGGUUUACAGUCUUUGGAUUCCCAAUUGGAUUUUUUUCUUCUUUCUUUAAGUAUGUGUUGAAUAUGUGCCACAACCAAUAACAUUCAGUGCUUCACACUGCUGAAAAUUGGAUGAGCAUGUUUGGGUACUUUUCUUUGGUUUUCGUGGUCUUAGGGUUUCAAUUUUAUGUAGUUGACAUUAUACCAAAGAAAAAUGUGUAGCAAAAAUGUAUGCAAAUGUCAUUUUUAUAUGUUUUACACUUGUGCAACCUAAACCCUUAAACUUCUCGUGCUGACUGAAAGCAGAAGAAAAUAUAAAUUAUUAGAAUACAGCCAUUGCAUAAAAAAACAGGUUGCAGGACUGACGUGUGUGACUCAAAGCAUGUCAUUGUGGUCCAUUUGAAAAUUCCUCUGGUGGCAGCGGAGGACCCUGUGGGAUUCAGAGUAAGAUGAUUGUACAAGUGCCUUUUGUUUCAGUUUGAAGCGAUGUUAAUAUGCAGACACUAGUUUGGUUGUAGAGAUUCAAGUUUUACCUUGAACAACAAAUGUAUGUUCUCUUUAGUUGUACACUGGAGUUCCUCUGGACCAAACUCUGUGGUUUUUACACGUCCAUUGUUAAAGUAAUUUUCGCCUUAAAAAUAACACUAAUGAUUUUGCCUCUGCCUACAUGACAAACUGUCUCCUUUUCUAUUCCUAAAGAAACAUCUUCCAGUUUUACACUAAUUAUUUCUAGAUGAUGCAGCAGUUGAAUCAUUUUAAUUUUACCCAGACCAAUCAUUUGUUAAUUAGCUUGUAUUUAUUUGUGAAAAUAUACUUAAAGUCUAUUGGCAUACAGUUGACCGGAGUGCCUGGUAUACAGUAUAUAAUUUCUGUUUGAGUUCUUUGUAAUAUUUUAGCGAUGUCCCAAAUACUUGUUCUUCAAUUGUUAACAAUUAACUACUUGACAGUUCUUUAGAACAUAGUCUGAGGUUGGCAGUAGUUUCCUCACUUUUCACAGUUUAGGGAGAAUUGUUUGAUACUAAAUAAAACAGCAUUAUUCAGAGUCUUGAAGAGGCCACUGCAGCAGAGAAUAAACAUGACCUCUGUGUUUCUGCACCAAAAUGUUUUGCUUACUCUGUGCUCCAUGACUUAUUUUAUAUGAAAUAGUCUGAAUUUGUACUCACUUUUUGAUGCUAAUACAACCGUUUUUUUAAAGUAGGUUUUGUAUAUCAUAAUGACUGCGGCACAUUAUUGAAAAUGAUGAAUGUUUUUUUUUUUCUUUUUACUUUGCUCAAUGUGUAUUACAGCAUGAAAUCACUAAAUCAUUUUUUGGAAAAUUGUAAAUAAACUUUCAUCCUUGCUUUCCCUGAUGACAUUAACAAAGCAA